CCCGCUGUUAACUUGCUUAUAAUUAAAAAAAAAAAUUAGAUUUAAGAGUUCAAAUCUAGUCGUCAAGAGUCGUCAACCGACUGGACACCCACUGAAAACAAAAUCCCAAAAACUGAGGUCUCCGAUACUUCGUAUAUUCUACUCCUUCUUAUAUUUAGAUUAUUUGCACGUGCUCUUUGCAAUGACCCCAAACAAUUCAUUGAAUUUAGAGAAAAUGGAAUACGAGUUAUUAUCGCGAGGACUAGCGCAAGUUGUGAUGGAAAGUGGCGCGCUUAUACUCAUUAUGCUCAUAAUAUUUUUCGGAAACUCGCUGACUUUGUACAUCGUGUUGUUCAACCGUCGCUUACGAACUGUGCCAAAUCUCUUCGUGGUUUCUCUGGCGAUAUCUGACUUGGCUAUGGGCGUUCUUGCAUUGCCCCUUCCCUUGGCUGUGAUGAAUGUGUCGAGAUGGCCUUUCACAGAUUCUGCGUGCCAGUACAACGGCUUCAUCGCAAUCACGUUGGCGGCGGCAUCUAUACAGACCCUCGCCCUGACCUCAGUCAAUCGCUACUUCAAGGUAGUUAAACCCAGCCUGUAUCGCAAGUACUUCACCAUGCGUGCGACCAUCAUUUGUAUCCUUAGCUCGUGGUUCGUGGCAACUCUUGCUGCAAUUCCUUACCUCGCGUCAGGUUUCCGAAUGAUAUACCACCCCGGCAAGUUCGUGUGUUAUUACAAUGAUACUAGUUGGUGGUUAGGAACUUUGAUUAUAAUCUAUGUCGGACUUCCAAACAGCGUCAUUGUUUUCUGUUACUAUCAGGUCUUUAAAACCGUCAAAAUCCACCAAAAACGCCUUCAAAGUACGCAAAACAACCGCAGUAAUAUCAGCGUUGAAGACAUCAAAAUCACGAGAACGCUUUUCGUGGUGGUGGUUUUCUUCAUGUUUUGUUGGGCGCCGUAUAUGAUCGUCGAUCUUGUGGACGUCUUUCGAGGUUACUGGUCAAUGAGUAGGGAGGUUUAUACAAUGAGCACCUUUCUUGGGACUCUGAGUAGCGCAGUCAAUCCAGUAAUCUAUUGCUUUCUCAACCCAAGCUUCAGAAGGGAGUACUCGAGGUCGCUUGGCCUGAGGAGAAGGCGAACAGAAGAUAGGUGUUCAAAACGGGCUGUAGCUGAAAGGUGAUUCGAGGAGGCGAUAACAAGCUCAAUGAUCAGUGAACUUAAGUGUACCGAGUAUCUAGUUUAAAAAGUCUUUACAAACACACUUAAGCCAUGAAGCUAUUUUAGGUGAAUGUUGUAUUAUCAUUUACGAAAUUUUAAACUUUUAACUAUUUUACGCCAUUAAUUAUUUUGCGCUGAUUUGCCAUUUCAGGACGAAUUUGAUUUUAAAGUGAUUUAUGUGGAUUUAUUUUUCCAUCUUUUAUGUCAUUGACUUUUUAGUCACUUAAAAAGAUUUGUCAUAGUUCGCUCCAGAGUCUUUAACAUUUUAUGGUUUUAUUAGAUGAAAUUCGCUUAUCUAUAUGGCGGCUUUGUGACUGAAUUCUCGAAUACUAUGUUGCUUUGGUUUAUCAUAUUAAUAUUUGCUGCUCCCAAUGGUGUGACAACAGUAUGUUAGCGAUAAUACAGACUUUUGCUUGAAUCCAUUAAUUCGUUUUAUGUUUGUUUGGGACAGCUGUUUACGAUUAAAAUAAAUUCGUGCAGAUUCAAUAAAAGUUUUUUUUUUGACUCC